AUGCCGCAAGUCACCCAGAUUUCUCCACCAAGUUGCCACGAGGAGAGUCUCGUUGGCUCAAGAGCAAACAAGCAUUUUCGAUUCCUGAAGUCUGGGGGGACACUUGAGCAGUUGGGACUGGACAAAAAACCUUUUGGACUGAUCGGCUCGAAGCUCUUGGCUCGCUCGCUCGCUCUCUUAAAAGAGCCCAGCGACCGGCCGCUGCUGCCCCACGCACGCCACCAUCUCGGGCGAAUGGAGCUCUCAUCCAUUUCGAGACCUCCCGUGGGUCAUUUUGAGAUCCUGCGCUCCUCACGGGCCACGGGCCACGGCAGCUUCCACCGUCGGCAUCUCAAUCUCCUCCACUACCACUUCCUCCUCCUCUUCUUCCUCCCCCUCCUCCUGCUGCUCACUAUUCUUCAUACUCGCCCUAUACCGACUCUCUCAAUCGAAGUGAUCCCGCCGUCGAUCAUGGUUGAACUGAUCAGCCCUCCCGAUCCCCGGACUCUGCUUCCUCCGCUCCUUGCGUGUCUUCCUACCGCUUUUGUCUCCCCUCGUCCCCCGCCAGCUCUCCUGCCGCUGCUUUCUCCUAUUCUGCGCCAGCGCACCCAGUUUCUGAAUUCAGUUUCAGCCUCCUCGUCCGACUCAUGGCUGCGUCUGCUGUGUUGGGACUCCGCCAAAGCGGAGCGUGUACAGAGCAUCGUGGACGAAGCGACCUUUGAACCCCAUCCGGUUUCAGGCGAGAUCGACCUGCCCGAAGACAUCCACAUUGCCUAUAAGCGCAUCGACGACGAGACGCUUCAGGCGCGACUUUUACUGCCUGAGUUCCGCUUGACUGUCAUCUACCUCUGGUGCCCGGAUGACGAGCCGGGGGGUGGCCGAGGCUGGCGGGUCGCAGAACUACUUCCGCGGGAGGGCCCCGCGGAGGAUGAUAGCUCAUGGACGCAGUCCAUUGGAGAGGCAAAUGAGCGGGCUAGCCAGAAAUUAUUCGCCGAUGUGUUGGACGAGCGACGGGAAGCUCAGGCGGCAUACAAUGCUUCGGGACAAGCGCAGAGUGGCGCGGCUGAGAACGAGGAAGAUGACGAUGAUGACUAUUGGGCACAGUACGAUGCGACGCCGGGGAGUAAAACUCCGGCAGCUCGAGCGGCCCCGACUUCUCAUCAGCCAUCAGGUCUAUCGGAAGCAUCCUACUAUUCGCAAUACGGGAAUGUUCAGCCUGCCAUGGACAGCCACGACCCGGAAGAAGAGCAGUCCGAGGUGGGUCCGUCGUCAUUAAAUGGCGAUAUGCUCGCAAGCUUGCUGCGGCGGCAAGUCGACGACUUGAACCCCUCGACGCUCCCAAGGACGAAUGGGUAUGCGGCGGGCGAAACUCCCAAUGACGCGGCAGCUCGCUCGCUCAGCCACCCACGCCCAGCAUCGGUCUCUUCUGGGAGUUCAGACGCGGUUGCAAAGCUGGAGCAGGAAGCGGAAAGCCAGAGUUCGUACGAAGUGGGUGUCAAGCAGCACAUUGGCACCAGCAUCAAAAGCCUUUUUAGAUUGGCGAAGGCGACGGGCAUGUCGCGUGCUGACUUUCAGAGUAUGGUGCAUACCGAGCUGGAGCUGCUAGAGGUAACCGACGCGGAUGAUUGA